AUGAAUAUCUACUUAAAUGGCUUCCCACCUCACUCAUCAUAUCAUUAUCUUCACCGCAAGCACCCUCAACUAAACCAGCCACCUGACCUAUCCAAGGUCAUGAGCCGACAAUAA